UCAAAAUAAUCCAACUUUACAAAAGUCACAAAAUUAUUUAAUUAGUAUAGCCGCGUCAGCGACCAAUAAAACCCCUUAAUCAAUUAAAAUAUGACACGUGGAAUACUGUCCCCAUUAUUUGACUAUAAAAUACCUUCAGGGCUUUCUUCUCCCUGCCUAACGGUUAGCUCAAGAAGCACCGACUUGAGACCUCAGCAGCUCAGCCUCCGCCGCCGGGAAAAAUGGCGGAAGCCGUUCACCUCCUCCUCCUCCUACUAACGUUCGUCUUCUUCUCCCCAGUUCAAUCGGCCUCCAAGGUCCUCUUCCACGGUCUCGGCGUAGACUACGGCCAACUCGGCGACAACCUUCCUUCCCCUGAGGCUUCCGUCGCUCUCAUGCACUCUCUACGCUCCUCUGCAGUUAAGAUUUAUGACGCGAACCCGGAGAUCCUCCGCGCCCUCAGCGGCUCAAACCUCGUAGUCUCUGUCAUGGUCCCCAACGGCCUUCUCCCGUCCAUCGGCACCAACCAGUCCGCCGCCGACGCCUGGGUCUCAUCCAACAUUGUCCCCUUCUAUGGCUCCGUACGCCUGCGCUUCCUACUAGUCGGCAACGAGAUCCUGUCCAAUUACGCAUCGAACUCGACUUUCUGGCCUUUUCUCGUCCCGGCGAUGACUCGCCUUCAUCGCUCCAUCAGAUUAUUCUCCCUUCACGGCAUCAAGGUCAGCACUCCCCAUGCCAUGGACGUCCUCCAAUCCUCCUUCCCCCCUUCUUCCGGCCGCUUCCGGUCCGACAUUGCCGUCCUAAUCAUCCGCCCCAUGCUCGAAUUCCUCCGGCGAACUUCCUCCUAUUUCAUGAUCGACGCUUAUCCCUAUUUCCCAUGGUCUGAAAACCCCAAUUCCAUUUCAAUCGACUACGCCCUUUUCCAGGGGAACUCCAGCUUAUACUACCACGAUCCGGUGACCGGACUCACCUACACGAAUCUAUUGGACCAGAUGCUCGACGCGAUGGCCGCCGCAAUAGCCGCUGAAGGGUUUGCCGAGGUCCGGCUGGGACUGGCCGAGACAGGGUGGCCGAAUGCCGGCGAUCUGGAUGAGAUAGGAGCGAAUGUGCAUAACGCGGCGAUCUACAACCGCAAACUGGCGAUACGGGUUGCGGAGCAGCGCGGGCUACGGACGCCGGCGAGGCCGGCGGCAGCGAUUCCUGUAUUUGUUUUCUCGCUGUAUAACGAGGAUCUGAAAACUGGACCAGGGACGGAGCGGCACUGGGGGCUUCUGUACCCGAACGGGACGGCGGUGUACGAGGUGGAUCUGAAGGGGCGGCGGCCAGAGGCGAGCUACCCACCGCUUCCUCCGGCGACGAACAAUGAGCCUUUUAAAGGGAAGCUUUGGUGCGUGCUGGAGACCAACGGCGGCUUGAACUUGACGGCUGUGGCGGCCGCGCUGAGCUACGCAUGCGGGCAGGGUAACGGCACUUGUGCGGCUAUUCAGACAGGGGGGAAAUGCUUUCAGCCUAAUACGGUGGCGGCGCAUGCGAAAUACGCAUUCAAUUCGUACUGGCAGCAGUUCCGGAGUACCGGCGGUUCUUGUUACUUCAAUGGCCUAGCGGUCCAGAUCACCACUGACCCGAAUACCAUCCAACUUGAAUUCUGCUGA